GGACUGGAUGGAAAACUUGGAGGUAUAUAAGGCGCCCGGUGCAGUUGAGGAUGAUAUUCGCAGUCUAACUUUGCAUCCUCCAACAACAUGAAGACUUCUCUUGUGAUUUUGGUUUUGAGCGCCGUUGUGGCCGCUGUUGUUGCGGAUGGCGAAUAUGCGGCCCCUGCCUACGAGAAGAAGUACGACGGCUACUUCCAGUACGCCAAUGUGCCCGGCCCAUACGAAUACGAAUUCGGAUACAACCGCGGAAACGCUCAACACAACCGCAACCAGUACGAGCAGUCCAAGGAUCACCGUUUCCGCACCAAGGUCAAGUGGAAUGAUGCCUACUCCGGAUAUGGUGAGCACUACUGGGAGUACAACCAUAGCGACGAUUACAAAGCCCCAGCUUACGCCGCUCCAGCUUACUCCGCCCCGGCUUACUCUGAGAACAUCCCGACCUUCGAGAAAGCCCCGUCUGGUAAACAGUAAACGAAUCGAUAUGCUGUGUGUAUUGAAUCGAGCUUGUUUCCAGUCUUUGUUACACCAUGGAAAAUCCUUAUUGUCAUCAUCAUCGACAUUUUUCCAACUCCAUUUCUAAAAUAUUUGUGAGUCCGCGCAUCUGCUGGUCAGAUGCGUCCAAUCCAACCAUCCCUCCGACCAAUGAAAAAUCCAACAAACUCGUUAAUAAUAAAUGUUGAUAUUGAAAGAGA